AUGACAGUAGACGUAAAAGAUAGACAAGUGAAGGCGAGAGUUAUUCAGUUUCAUAGAAAGAAGAAUCUGCAGUAUUAUGAUAUCAGCGCUCGUUCUAAUUAUAACUUUGAGAAGCCUUUUCUCUGGUUAGCCAGGAGACUCACCAAUCAGGCAUCGCUUACUUUCACAGGAGAGCAUGCGAAAGCCCCAGAGAUUAUGAUAGACCCAUCACUGGUGCAGCAGGCAGAGCGCGAGUUGCAGGAAGCAGUAAAUACAGCAAUUGAAGACGAUGAUGAAGAUCUGUAA